GUGGGCUAACGAGAGCCAAUAUAGGCGUUUGUGUUCCUUCGGCUUUCUUUGGGUUGUCUGGGCGGUGCUAGCAUGUAGAUGUGGGGCGGGUGUUCCGGUCAUGCGUGAAGGGUAUUGUUGAAUUUGCAGCUGAUCACAUCAAACUGAAGUGAUCUGAUUUUCCUUUUUAUGUGAGUUCUAUGUUGUGCGUGUGUAAUGUCAAAGCGGCAGAUAUCACUUGGAGCCGUUCGAAAAAGAAGGCUGUACAACGAAGUUAGCCUACUGUAACCUCAUCCGAAACUGACGUAAACUCCAUGCAGCUGCACACACCGCCGCGUUACUAGCUAGAAUCUGUCCCGCACUUUUGCAGUCGUUAUUGUACUUGUGCGUCCGUGACUUGUACCGUAGCAUUUUUCAUGCUGUUGCUUGACCAAGGUGGCGAGAGGAUUGCAAGCUGAGGCCCAGUUUCCCGGCAACUGGGCAAGUCUAGCUCUAUUUUUCAGCUGAGCACCCGAGUGCAUCACUACAGAGACCUGGAUGGAUGGGUAUGGGGAAAAGUGGAUUUUGCUAUCCCGGGGCUGAUCGCCUCAUAAACGCAGCAUCAAUUUGCCUAGUGUCGCUUGCUUUGAUCUCCUGGGUAGAAAAAGGGGAGUGCCAAGCACAAUACUCUCAGUGCCACAUUCAGAAGUGCACCACAAGCUUUGUCUCCCUCACCUCCCUCCUCAACCCGUCCCUGCAUGGCUUCGACACUGAGUUCUGCAAGGCGCUCCGGGCCUACUCCGCCUGCACCCAGCACACAUCCAGGAGCUGCCGCGGCAACCUGGUGUUCCACUCGGCCACGCUGGGCAUCAGCGACCUCAUGACCCAGCGCAACUGCUCCAGGGACGGGCCUACCUCCGCCACCCGCCUGGAGGCCCCUACGGAGCCCUGUGACUACCACAGCCGCCAGCAUGGCUCGGGGGCAAGAGAGGGCUCUCACCCCGGCUACCUCUUCUGUGGCCUCUUUGGGGAUCCCCACCUUAGGACCUUUAAGGAUGACUUUCAAACCUGUAAGGUUGAGGGAGCAUGGCCCCUCAUUGACAACAACUACCUGUCAGUGCAGGUAACAAACAUUCCUGUUGUAGCAGGUUCCCAUGCCACAGCAACCAUUAAGAUCACAAUGAUAUUCAAACCACACCAGGACUGCACGGACCAGAAGGUGUACCAGGCUCAGACAGACGACCUGCCGGCCGCUUUUAUGGAUGGCACAGUGAGUGGGGGCGGCAGCAAUGGCCACAGCCUCUGGAUUGUGGAAAAGGCAGCUGGGCGGCACGUGGAGGUCCGCGCGGGUUACAUCGGAACCACGGUGAUCGUGCGGCAGCUGGGUCGCUACCUGACGCUGGCAGCCCGCGUGCCCAGGGAGGUGGCCAUGGCCUUCGACGAGAGCCAGGACCUGCAGCUCUGCGUGAACGGCUGCCCCUCGGCCGAGCGCAUCGACCAGGGCGGGCGCCUCCCCCUGCCGGAACGGAGUCCUCGCUGGGCCGGCCCCCAGCACCAGUAUCGUCAGCUGCACCCCAGGGCCAAUCAGGGCCUCGUGGCAGCCCCACGUAGCAGCGUCACCUUGGAAGCCGCCGUGAUGGCGUGCCAGGUGCAGCUGGAGGUCAAGGACAUCUACUUCCAUUCCUGUGUGUUUGACCUCCUCACCACCGGAGACAGCGACUUCAUCUCUGCUGCCUACAAUGCCUUAAAGGAUAUGGAGACACUCCACCCUAUGAGGGAUCGCUGGCAGAUUUUCCCCAGGUCCUACUCCCCUGGUCCUAGUCAUCUCCACCACAGACUAUUUCUCCUCUGCUCUCUCUUUUUUAUGUUUUUGUUUGACUUUCUAAAGUGAACUUUAUAAUAAAUGAUAUUGCCGUAAUGUAUUGAAAAACCUAUAUAUAUAUAUAUAUAUAUAUACACACACACACACACACACACACACUUGAUGGCUGCUUAAUUAGAUCAACCUAUCUUUUACCGAGUUGGUCACCAUUUUGCCUCUAGAACAGCUGAAUUCUUUGCAGCAUGGAUUCAACAAGGUGCUGGGAACAUUCAUUAGGGAUUUUUGUACAGGCUUACAAAAUAGCAUCACACAGUCCCUUCAGAUUUUUAUGCUAUGAACCUGCCAUUCCACCUCAUCCCAAAAGUGCUGUAUUGGAUUAAGAUCUGGGGACUAUGCAGGUCAUUGGAGUAAACUGAAGUCCCUGUCAUGUUCAUGGAACCAUGGAAUUUUCACUCACAGAACUGCCGCUUGGUGGAUGUUUUUUUGUUUAUCUCACCAUUAAACUCUCAGACUAUAGUGUGCGAAAAUCCCAAGAGAGCAGCUGUUUCUGAGAUCCUAAAAUCACCACACACUCAUACUAUGGUCAAAGUUGCUUAGAUGCUUCUUGUUUCUCAUUCUAAUAUUUAGUCGAAUGGAAACUAAACCUCUUCAUCAUAUCUGCAUGCUUCAUCUAUUGAGUUGCGGAUACAUUAUUUGCUGUUUGGAGGAGCCGGCUGUUAGGGGGCAGGUGUACUUCAUAAAGUGCCCACUGGGUGUAUGUACUGUGCAAAUGAACAGACAAUCUUGGAAAAGGACACAUCCUGUCCGUAAAUGCUAUGUUAUUUUCAGGUACAUUGCACAUAUAGCAGCGCGUAGUGAUUUGUUUGAGACUUUUUAAAUACCCUGACAUUGAGCACAUUGUUUAAACAGAGGCACUUUAUUUUGCAAAUAUGUAUUACAUAUGUUCCCUCAUAUUACAGCAAGAUCUCCUGAUAGUAACCUAUUAUAUUUCAAAUUGUGUGCAUUUAAGAAAGCUGAUCUGACUGGACUGAACUGAUGAACUAGAACUGAAUAGUUUUAUGUAAUUUUUUUAUUUAAUUUUGGGACAAAGAAAUGAUUAUUUAGAGCAAUCCAGCCUGGCAGUCAGCACUGUAAUUCUCUUAAUUUUAUAGUGUUGCAUGUUUUAUAUAUUUAUGAGCUUUAAAAUUUUAAAUUUAGCUACUGCUGCAAUACUUUGACCUUUUGGUCAGUACAAUACAGUACAUUAAAUAAAGUACAUUUCUUUUCUAAAAAUGGCAAAGCAUAGUUGUACAAUUACUACCUUUACGGUUGAAAAUGUAUUUCCAAAUAACCAAUCCAGAGGAUAAAAUCAAAUUUAUCACUGAUUCACCACAUAUAUUGUGGGAAAUUUUUAAGUGAACAUCAACCUGUAGAACAGCCUUUAAUUUAGGAGAUAGGCUAAAUGAAAUCAGCAAAAAUAGGUUUAAUAGCAACACACUGAUCAAAUGUGCAUAAGGUGUCCGUUUCAAUGUCAGCAAUAGAACUGGUUUUCAGAAGUGGGGAAAAUUCCUUCAAUCAUUGAUUCUCAGAAUUGUUUGGGUGCGUCUUGUGAAGGAUGACAGACGGGCAUACAGUGAACUCAUUCUGUUUUCCUGCAUUCUUCCACUGAAUUGAGUUUUGUGUCCCUGGGGGUGCAGUAAGGUCAUGUUCAUUUGAAUUGCAAAGUUAAGGGCGGCACAGUCCAGGGUCUAUUCCUGACUCUCACCCAAUGCACACUGGGAUAGGCUCCAGCACUCCCCACGACCCUGUUCAGGAUAAGCGGGUAUAGAUGGUGUAUAAAUGGAUGGAUGGAUGGAAUGCAAAGUUAAAUUGCAGUCUGCUCAGGAAACCAAUUCAGACAAUGUGCGCUCAUUCCAUGUGUGAAAUAUAAUCAUAAUCCAUAAUACAGCAUCUGCUAGAUAGUCCAUGAAGUGCUGUACCUGAUGCACUGAAUGCAUGUAUGCCUGGAAUGCACACCAGCAUGUCACACAAUGCCUGUCAUUUAAUCCCUUCAAAUUAGAGAACAUUUAGUACAGUCUACAGCCAUUAUUAAACUGCUGCCAACAUGACUUUAUUAUUUAUUAUUUUUGCAAAUAGCUGAUUGUCUGAUGGCUGUUGAUUUAUUGUGUCGAGAUUGCCAGAACUAUAUACAGUACAGUACCGUAUCAGAUAAUAUUUAUUUAUAAACCAUUGAUAGGUAUCCUUCAUUCUGUUUUUUUUUUUUUGUUUUUUAUUAAUGUGGCGUAUGAAUGUAAUAUGAUUUAAGUUUGUAAGUACUCUGAUUAGGUGUGUGUGCACGCAGAGGAAACGUAAGUGGCACAUUGCUGUUGUAAAUCGUUUCAAAUGACUGCAGUACCACCUAGUGGGCAGUUGUUACUUCAGUAUUUUACUGGUUCCAAUCAAUAAAAAGUCUAGCUUUUUUCAUAAUAUUCAUGAACAUAUUGAUAAAAUUGAUGUGUAGCAAGUCAGAUGGAUGAUAACUAUACUAAAUACAAAUUCAAUAAAUGUAGACAGUUGCAGACAAGCUGCUAGUGAAGGUUCUAGUGCUAAACCACAUAUUCAAAUUUGGUCCUCAAGGUCUGUAGUGCUGCUGGCUUUCAUUCUUCCCCUCUGUUUAGGACUGAUAUAAACCUGGGACAACAGGUGACUUAAAUCUCUGGCCAAUCAGUGUCAUUAAUUGAUCAAUUAGCUAUUCGGUAGAAAAGAAAAUCAGCAGGGUACAGUGUGUUUUAUGCAGCGGCAAAGUUAAAAGACUGCAUGAACAAUUUAUAACACUGCAUAUGCUACAACUAAAAUUCCUUUUGAGUAUUUUAAUAUUGUCAUAAUUGCUUUGUUCUCAAUUAAAAUAAUGUAUGAAGAAGACGUAUUGCUUAUGCAAGGCUAGGGCCGCCCUUAGGACAAGAAAUCAAAUAUACUAAGCCAUUGGAUGAACUUAAGUAAUGCAAAGAAACAUUGAUGAUCGUUCAUAAUCAUAAAUUGAUUCAAAUGAAUGAUUACAUUUUCUAUGUACAGACAAAGUGACCCUCACAUGAGGGUAAUAUGAAAAAAGCUGCAUGUAAACUGGCUGGAGAUGGUGAAUGUUAUUAAUACAAACAAUUAAGCUUUCCUUCUAAGGAAAUAUAAUAAAACACUUCAGAAAAAUU